UUCCACAGAAGCAGAAGGAAGCGGAGUUUCCGGCUGUUUGCAGCGCACACAGAGGACCGCUGACGCCGCGAAACCCGACACAAACGCCGCCGGUCCGGGGGGGCUCCACGUCCAACGUCGGUGCGGUCGUCUGCUGUAACACUGGGGGACUUGAGGGUUUGUGUUGAGCAUUAUAGACCGACCUGUGAUUGGAGCCACACCGGACAAACGAGCGGCACAAGGCGGGCGUGAGCCACCACCAGCUACCGGCGGCAAUGGCCAGGGACUACGAUUACCUCUUCAAGCUGCUCAUCAUCGGUGACAGCGGAGUGGGGAAGAGCAGUCUCCUUCUACGAUUUGCAGACAACACAUUUUCAGGUAGCUAUAUCACCACGAUCGGGGUUGACUUCAAGAUCCGGACUGUGGAGAUCAACGGAGAGAAGGUCAAGCUCCAGAUCUGGGAUACGGCAGGACAGGAGCGCUUCCGAACCAUCACCUCCACAUAUUACCGGGGCACACAUGGGGUUAUAGUGGUAUACGACGUCACCAGUGCAGAGUCAUUUGUCAACGUCAAACGAUGGCUUCAUGAAAUAAACCAGAACUGUGAUGACGUGUGCCGAAUAUUAGUGGGGAACAAAAAUGAUGACCCAAACUCUAAAGUGGUGGAGACGACAGAUGCACAGAAGUUCGCAGAGCAGAUGGGCAUUAGCCUGUUUGAGACUAGCGCGAAAGAAAACAUCAACGUGGAAGAGAUGUUUAACUGCAUCACGGAGCUGGUGCUCAAAGCCAAGAAGGACGUGCUCGCCCGACAGCAGCAGCAGCAACAGAAUGACGUGGUGCGACUCACUCGAAACAGUAAACGAAAGAAAAAGUGCUGCUAGCAAACUCCCCGCUAACCUCACAUUUUUGUCAUCGACCCACAUGCAUUUUACACCCACGGGACUCAGAGCAUCUAAAUUAAAGAUAAAGUUUAAUAAAUAUACAGUUUAAAAAAUGGAAAAUGUCCCCUUUGGACUAAUCAUAAAGACUUUAAAGUGUACAGAUUUUAUUAGACGUCAAAGCAAGUUUUAUUUGCAUUUCAGCAGAUGGGCACUAUCGCAUAUAUAUCGAGACCCUUGUUUGUGUAAGGGUCUGGAGCUUACAACUGACGCCAUGUUGCAUUCACUGUCCCAUCUCCGCCCUCUUUUUCCUCCUCAUUUUCCUCUUCCUCCUCUCUCCACUGCACACGGGACAUUCAGAGCCAAAACCUCUGCGUCUUCGAGAAGGAGGAUUAAUUUUUGUGGAUCUAUUUUUCUGUGGUAAUUUUUUUUUUCUUUUCUUCUCGGAAGCUCUUUGAAGGGUUGUUAGUUUGAAAGAAGUUUGUGAUGGUUUUAGACAUCCGUGUUGCCACCUCAAUGCAUUUUAAUAUGGAAUUAAAAUCACAACAUAGAAUAAUAGCGACAAACUAACCCACAAAUGGACAGAACUGCUGACCUGUAGUUUUUUAACUGUCUAUAUAUUGCCAAGCUCCCCACCUUGUACCGUCUAACCUCCACUAGUGCUGAGCCAACAACGUGAUCAGUUUUAUUCCACCAUUUUUAAAGUGCAACACAGCAGUGAAACUUGGUGAUGUACCACUUUAACCACCAAACUUCACUGCGGUCUUACUAUGCUUUUAACUCCUCUCAUUUUUAAUACAUGAAUACUGCCAAUAUUAUUAUUAUUAUUAUUAUUAUUAUUAUUAAGAGAACAUGCUCUCAUUGGACUGUUGCCAUAGCGCCCCCAGGUGUUUGGGGGUAUGACUGUUGAAGUGCUCAGGGCUGCCCUCCCUCUUCCACUCUUCUGUCUGAUGGUGUUUUUCUCGCAGCCACAGGCAUCCAUGUCCCAGGACCAUGUCCACAAGUAUCGCGCACGUCUCACACUGUAUAAAAAGAUGGAUAGUUUGUUUUGACCUGUUCUUCUGCACUAUGUAACUUUUCGGCUGGGGGUCCAUCACCUUCUUAUUUCCUUGGGUAUGUCAUUGCUCUACUUCAGAUGUUCCACAGUAUGACAUUAAACAGCUCUACCAUACGUGUAUUCAUUUACAGGUGGUUUUAUAGCUCAAAAAUACCUGAAUGCGAGUAGAGGUGCCUCUCCACAGAUCUGACCGGUAACUUUAUCUGGUUUGGUUUCCAUGAAGAUAGAAAGGAAAGAAAAGAAAAGAAAAGCAUUUGAUGGCCCCUCCACCAGAAAAGUUACACAGUGCAAGUUUUAAAGGAGACAUAUGCAGAAUUCACAUUUUGAGCUUGAGCCUAUUCUAUACAUACCUAUUGGAGCUUGUAUUUAAAUCCAUAAAUCCAAAUUGGUUAUUAUUAUUAUUUCAAGUUUCCAUAGGCACAGACAAAAUUAGAUGCCCUGUAUUUUACCGUUUGACAUAGUUCACCCCCUACUGUGGCCACAUGAGGGCGCCAGAUAUCUAACUUAUAAUUGAGUAGUGCAUCAAAAACAACGUUAAAUUCCAAUGAAAACGUGUUUUUAAAAUAUUCCUUUUAAUGACAAACUUUAUUAUUGGACGCAAGAUCUAGCUUUAGCUUUUAACCCCAAAUUGUCAUUCUUCAGCUAAUAGUGUAUACUACAGUAGCUAUUAGUCUAGUUUGGUUAAUGUUAUAAGAUGACUGAUGGAAGCUGAACUUGAAAAGUUUUGUAAGUGUAUAGAAAGCACGUUGCAUGGAUUGUCAUCAUAAAGCACCUUAGUGGGAUGUGACUCUAAAUGUGAAGAUAUAUUGUCUUGGCUAUAAUGCAUUAAUAGAGCAAUAAUGUAAAAAAGACAUAGAGGAAAAGAUUAUCCAAAUUAUUUUUUUACCUUCAUAUCAACUUAUAUUUUCUAUACAUAAAUUAUGUUGGAGCCAAGCUUCUCUUAUGUGCAAGGAUUUGUCUGGUCUUAUAGGACCCGGGACCCUUUGAGAUGUGGGAAAUGGUGCUUAAUUAGCAUAAUGGCAAGUAGCAAAUGUAUGACAACCAGUCUACUUGAAAAUGUGUGUUUUAAAAUAGGAAUUCUUGCAGCCUACAGCCCUCUAUCAACUUUAGAUUAGCCAAAAAUAGAACUGAAUAAAUAUUAACUGCCACACUUAAAUAUAUGUAAAGCUUUAUGUAUUUACUUUAAUUCGAAGUUAACUCUUCAGCGUCUAAUAUUGCCCAGUAUCCAAGAAGCUAUGUUGUUAUUUUUGUACAUAUAUUAGACUUUUAACCAUAACAAAUUAAAAUUUAAAUGGCAUCUUUUACAUUUCUGUGUAAUAGCUACUCUUGGUAUCCUACAAUGACGAAUAAUCUUAAGGUGCACUACGUAAUUUAUCGGUUGGGGGCGUCACCUGCUUGUUUCUAGUUAUUGCUCUGCUGGGAAUGUUCCGAAGUAUGACAUUAAACAUCUCCACCAUACAUUUAUUCUAUAACAGGUGGUUUUACAGCUCAAAAUAUUUAGAAAAACAGGCAUUCUGACUGUGAGCGGGGUUGCCUCUCCACAGAACUGACCUGUAAAUUGGUCUGGACUGUGUGACAUCCUAGACAAGCAAUAACAUCAUGGAGAAAAGCAUUUGAUGGACCCUCCACCAGAAAAGUUACACAGUGCACCUUUGAUAUUGUUCAAGUGUUUAAAUUGUAUUGUCUCUUGAACUCCUGACUGAAAGAUAAUUCUAAACUAUUUGAUAAGCAACACUGUCCAUCUUUUUAUACAGUAUACAGAAUAGUGGACCUCACUUAACGCCAAGAUGUUUUGAUGUAAUUUUGUUUUUGUGCAUGAAAAGUGUUAAAUAUCUUCUCAAAGCAUUUUCGAGGUGUAAUAUUCAGUUUUGGUCCUGGUUUGCCUGUACACGUUACUGUACAACUGACACGUUACUGGACAUUGUGUUUCAUUGAAAACCGUGGAACUUUGUGAACCAAUGAAAUUCUUCACAAUGCAUCUCUUUUUACUGACAUUUAAACUUUUAUUUUUUUGAUUUGGGAGAACAAGUGAAAGGAAAAGUUGGAUUCUUUACCUCCGCACUUUGGCCAACAGCAGUGGCUGAAAAAAAUGCUAUCUAAACUCAUUCAACCUUAUCAUUUCUAUUCAUUACGUGUAUGUAUAUAUAAAUAUAUUUGUGUGUUAAUAUUCAGUAUGAGACCUGCACACAGAGAGCGUUUGACUGUGCGGCUGUCAACAAAAGAGAAGUUUGAGAUUGACGCAAAUGGGGCUGUAUACAGUAGCUGUAAAGGUAAUUCCAAUUAUAAACUCAUUCUCUGUCAGCAUUUGAAGAUGAAUAUAGCAACCUAGUAUUAAAAAUAAAAACUUUUAUUGUUUUAAAUGUCAAAAUUUAUUAGGAUAAAAGUAUUCAGAUAAUUUAUAUAUUCUAUACUCAUUUCUAUGCAAUUGAAAAGCUGUUGUCUUCAUAUAGACACAAUAUGACUAUGGGGGAGAUAAAUAUUGACUGAAAAAAAGAUUAAUUUACCAUAUUGUUUUUUUCGAUCCUCAAACUAAAUGUGUUUAAUAUUAUAGCUUAAGUACAAGUACAAUCACACCUGUGUAAGGCUAUAAAAUGCUGCCAGAGAUUACAUUAAAGGGACUGUUUGGAAUUUUGGACAUAAGGCCUCAUUUCUUAGUUAGUCAGAGUGUUGGAAAUGUGUGGAAACACUUUUUUAAAUACUCCAUCCAGUCCUUGUAUUUGCAGAGGUCACUGGUGCUAGGCUAGUGCAUGUCAAUGGCCAUAGUUAGCCUGCCACUAAAAACAGUCUUACCCACUCCACAAAACACCCAAAGCAAAACAAUUAUAAUGCCAGACUGUCGAUGUGAAUGUCCGUGACAGUAGAAUAAUUUUUGAAGUAAAACCAAUCUUGCAUUUGAAGGAUUUAUGUCUGAGCAGCAGCAGCGAGUUGUACUUCCUGAUAGAAAGCUUGGCAGUGGCGGACUGACAUAUGAGAAAAUAGUCCCUGACAAAUAAUGCGAUGCAAGUUAAAUUUUAUUUCAAACAUUAUUCUAUCAGCUGGACAGGAUGGAAUAUUUAAAAAAGCGUCUCCACAAGUCUCCAACACUCUGGUUACCAAGGAAAUUAAGUCCUAUGUCCAAAAUUCUGAACUGUCCCUUUAAACUAACCAUAAAACAGGUUAUGCAGUUUGAUAAUUAAAUAGCUAAUUCUGAAUUCUUAGCUGUCAUGCAUCUCUAGUUUGAACCACACAUUGUUUAGAAAAUUUAAGGAACUGCAUACAGCCUUAUUUCAAUUCAAACCCUAAUGAGCAGUGUGUGCAAUGUUGGGAAUCCACUCGGCUGUGGUCUGCUGUACACUGGAACAGAUUUGUACUUUUCAUUUCCCCACAUCAGUUUAAUCAAUGAUCAAUAAAUAAUAUACACUUUAAAGGAACAAUAUCGGACAUGUGACCAUCUCAUCUGUCAGUGGCUUGGUCUUAACUUCAUUUGCAAACCUGUGUCUUUCUGUUUAUUUGCUUUUUCUGUGAAUAAAGAUUAUAUGGGAGGAACUGUG